AUGACUGGUGCCAGUCUGUGGACCACUAGUUAUCUCGUAGCUUUCCCGCAGACCACAAAUCAUCAUGAAGACUAUUGUUAUGUCGUCUCAUCUGGAACUAUCAAGACCGAGAAGGCUCGUGUUGAGAAAAGCCAAGGACCAGCAGGAUUUGCCUACAGCACCUCCGAGACAAAGACUUUAGCCGAAGCCGGGCCAGCCGUAUUCCCAGCCUACACUCCGUACGCCGCCGCUUUCCCAGCCUCCUUCGCCGCCACGCCUUACUAUGCCACCGCCGCCUACCCAGCAGCAGCAGCAGGGUACUCGGGAUACUCCACAUUCGCCUACAAGCCCUACGAAGCCGCCCCAGUGGCCUUCAAAACCGCCUUUGACGCCCCGGUGCCAGUCGCCUACAAAGCCUACGAAACCGCCGCCGUAGCAGAACCAGCAUUCACCUACAAGACCUUCGAAGCGGCGCCAGCUGGUCACAAGCACGGUCACAAGCACGGUCACAGGUACGUCUCCGAAACCCCGUCGCCAGCUUCCUUCAAGACCUACGAAACCGUGGCGCCCUUUGCUGAACACCCCACGACCUACGUGAAGACGUCCUACGAAGGCGCCGCGGCGCCCACUUACUUCAAGUCCUACGGCGUCAAGCCCAACUACUUUUACAACUACGGGUACCCGGCGGGUUACUACGCCGCGGGUUCUUACCCCGCUGUUGCUGCUGCUGCCCCGGCUUACGGGUACCUGUCCCUAAAUCAAUUUUUCCGAAUGUUGGGUCUCACUGCAUAUUCACAGAAUAUUUCCGACGCAUUAUUUGCCGUGAUAAUAAUGCACGUCGACGUCAGUACUUUCCGGAUGCCCUCAGGAAACGCGCCGUGCGAAGGAAACCCGACAAAAGAACGACUGCUGUGCGUCUUCGCCAUUGUGGUUUCCAUCAGUACAUUAAUACUCACAAGCUCGUUCGUUGACUCCAAGACAGUUGACCAUUCACAAGCAUCCGGUGACUUUGAAGCAAAUCCUCAGAAAGAAGGAUCAACAGUCCAUCAAGGCAUCAAAUGGAUUAAAAAAUCCCACCACCGAAAAUGGCCGAUUGCAAUCCGAAGAAGCAGACUCACCUCCAGAAGAAAGAAACCUCUCAUACUCCUGAUGAGCCCCGUAGCUCUCGAAUCCCAGCAAAGCACUGACCUGAGCAUAUCCUCUUCCAACAAGGAACGAAUAGUGCUCGAAAAUUCAUCCAAUCAGACCAGACCAGUGUUCGUUUACCAGUCCUUCCUUUUUGGUGACAUCAGCAGCUUGCCUUCUGCCAUGAAAAACAUAAACUUUAAAAUGUUCAACCCCUGAAUUUUACGAAAAUGAAAAAUAAAUAAAUAAAAACGAUUUUCAGCCACAAAAGAAAAA